AUGGAUCUGCUUCCAACUGAAAGCGAGACCAACAUCCAGGCCAUCAUUUCCGGUGCAAACGCCGAACUCCUUGACUCACUGAGUGCCGCAUUGAGAACUGAUGUUGUUUUAAAGGCCAUUGCCAACGCAAUUACGAAUGCACUGGUCCUGGAUCUGACUGCCGGAUGCAUUGCUGUUUUGGUGGCUGUUUUUCUGCGACGCACAAAGAUGAGCCAGACUCACGGCGCGGUGGGAGGCAUGUAA